AUGAUGAUCAAUCAGAACAACGAGAAGUCGAUCGCCAAGCUCUCGCAGGGCGGCGUUCCCAGCUAUGCCGGCCUGACGGGCAACGCCCUCCUGGCCGCCGUCGUUGCCACUGGUACCGUCGGUUUCGCCCUCUUCGGUUACGACCAGGGCCUCAUGUCCGGUAUCAUCGGUGCUGAGCAGUUCAACCGCGAGUUCCCUGCCACCAAGCAGCACGCCGUCGACGACGUUCACGGCGGUACCAUCCAGGGUACUGUCACUGCCGUCUAUGAGGUCGGCUGUUUCUUCGGUGCCAUGGGCGCCUUCAUCAUCGGUGAGCGCAUGGGCCGUCGCCGCAUGAUGCUCCUCGGUGGUCUCAUUAUGAUUAUCGGUACUAUCAUCACGGUUACUGCCUUCGGUCCUGGCGACAGCUCUGGCCGCGGCAACGUCGGCGGUUUCGUCCAGUUCAUCAUCGGCCGUGUCGUCACUGGUCUCGGAAACGGUGCCAACACUGCUACUGUCCCCUCGUGGAUUGCCGAGACGUCCAAGGCGCACAACCGUGGUUUCCUCAUCUGUAUGGAGGCCUCGACCGUCGCCGUCGGAACCGUCAUUGCGUACUGGCUCGACUUCGGUCUCUCGUACGUUGACACCUCGGUCUCGUGGCGUUUCCCCAUUGCGUUCCAGAUCUUCUUCGCCCUCAUCCUCAUGGGCGGUGUUCUUGUUCUUCCCGAGUCGCCCCGUUGGCUCCUCCGCCACGGCUACGACGCUGAGGCCACUCGUGUCCUUGCCGCUCUCGAGAACCGCACCACCGACGACGAGGUCGCCGUUGAGGCCAAGACCCGCCUCGCCCACUCGCUCGAGGCCCAGGAGAACAUGUCGACCGGCGCCCGCGCCCUCUUCAUCCAGGGCAAGAACCAGAACAUGACCCGUAUGCUUGUCGGUGCCUCGACCCAGCUCUUCCAGCAGAUCGGAGGCUGCAACGCUGUCAUCUACUACUCGACUAUUCUGUUCCGCAACCAGAUCGGUCUCGAGGGCCAGCUCCCGCUCAUUCUCGGUGGUGUUCUCUCGGUCGUCUACAUGAUCUUUGCCCUCAUGUCCUUCCUGCUCGUCGAGAAGGUUGGUCGCCGCAAGCUCUUCUUCAUCGGUACCUUCGGCCAGGCCGGCUCCAUGUUCAUCACCUGGGCGUGUCUCCUCGCCGGUGGUCCCGAGAACGCCAAGGGUGCCGCUGUUGGACUCUUCCUCUUCAUCGCCUUCUUCGGUGCCACCUGGCUCCCCCUUCCCUGGCUGUACCCCGCCGAGCUCAACUCGAUGCCCGUCCGUACCCACGCCAACGCUGUCUCGACCAUGACCAACUGGAUCUGCAACUUCCUCGUCGUCCAGGUCCUGCCGACGAUGACCGCCUCGAUCAACUCGUGGACCUUCUUCCUCUUCGCCAUGGCCAACGUCAUCUUCCUCCCCUUCAUCUACUUCUUCUACCCCGAGACGUCUGGCCGCUCGCUCGAGGAGUUUGACGUCCUGUACGCGCACUCGCACGCCGUCGGCCGCCGCCCCACCGUCGUCGCCAAGGAGCUCCCCAAGCUCACCGACCACCAGAUCGAGGUCAUGACCGACCGCUACGACCUCCACAACAACCGCAACACGGGCAAGGACGUCGAGAACGGCGUCGACACCUCGCUUCCCCCCGCCACGGGCGAGAAGCACGUCUACGACUCGGCCGACGACACCGUCCCCAACACGGCUGCCGGAUCCUCCGAGGACCUCGCCCACAACAAGGCCUAA